CUGUAUUUUUACUUCUUAUUCUCGUUGUUCUGCCCGACGCUCUCUGAGCAGCUUCGCUAUGCGAUUCCUGAGGAAAUGGCCAAAGGUUCCCUUGUGGGGAACCUCGCCAAGGAUUUGGGGAUGAAUGUCAGUGGACUGUCAUCCCGGAGCCUCCGUAUUGUCUCUAGUUCAAAAAGGCAGUAUUUCGUCAUUGGUGCAGAAACUGGAAACCUAAAUGUAAAUGACAGAAUAGACCGGGAAGAAAUAUGUGGAAAAUCUCCCCUUUGUGUUCUAAAUCUCGAAACGGUAAUUGAAAACCCUUUCAGCGUUUUUCAUGUGAUUGUAGAAAUCCAAGAUAUUAACGAUAAUCCGCCGUAUUUCACCAGAAGCAAUGUUGAUUUUAAAAUAAGUGAGUCCGCGCUACCCGGGGCUCGGUUUCCAUUAGAAAUGGCUCAAGAUCCCGAUGUUGGGAUCAACACAGUACAGAAUUACCAGCUCAGCCAGAAUCAGUACUUUGCCUUGUCAGUGAAGGAGAGCACAAAUGGCAAUAAAUACGCAGAAUUAGUUCUGGGUAAGCAUUUGGAUCGGGAGAAGCAAAGUUCCCAUCACUUGAUGUUUACGGCUGUGGAUGGGGGGGACCCAGUCAGAACUGGGACUGUUCAGAUAAAGAUUAAUGUUACUGACGCCAAUGACAAUCCUCCCGUAUUUACUGAAGAGAUCUACAAAGUCAGCCUGAGUGAAAAUCUACCACGGGGCUUCUUAGUGCUUCAGGUGAAAGCCACUGAUAAAGAUGAAGGGUUACAUGCAAAGAUUGUCUACUCUUUUAGCAACAUGCCCGACAGUAUAUCCAAACUAUUCAAGAUGGAUCCUGAUAACGGAGAAGUUAUAACUAAAUGGAAUCUGGAUUAUGAAAUGGCAAACAACUUCUUAUUGGAUGUGGAAGCGACCGACGGCGGAGGUCUGACUGCUCACUGUAAACUUCAAAUAGAAAUUAUUGACGAGAAUGACAAUGCCCCAGAGAUAACGCUGACAUCUGUGUCCAGUAUAGCCCCCGAAGACUCUUUGGCGGGGACAGUGAUAGCUUUGAUCAAUGUCAUUGAUAAAGAUUCUGCUGAAAACGGAAAGGUAAUUUGUCAUUUAGAAGAAAAAUUGCCUUUUAAAAUAAUAUCCUCUUCUAAUAACUACUACAAACUCGUCACAGACAGCACCCUGGACAGGGAAAGGACCCCGGAGUACAAUAUCACAAUCACCGCCACAGACAAAGGCUCUCCCCCCCUCUCCACCCAGAAAACCAUCCUAUUGCAGAUCGCGGAUAUCAAUGACAACGCCCCGGUCUUUGAGAAACCUUCCUACACCGCCUAUGUGCCAGAGAACAAUCCCUCGGGGGCCUCUAUUUUCAGUGUAAAAGCCUCAGACCGGGAUCUGGACCGGAACGCUCGAGUCACUUACUCCAUCCUGAGCAGCAACCUCGAGGAGGUGCCUCGCUCCUCCUACAUCUCCAUUAACUCCCACACCGGAGCUAUCUAUGCCCAGCGCUCCUUCGACUACGAGCAGUUCCGGGAGUUGGAAGUGCAAGUGCAGGCCCAAGACGGCGGGACCCCGCCUCUCAGCAGCAAUGUCACCGUCAGGGUGUUUAUUCUGGAUCAGAAUGAUAAUGCCCCUCGCAUCCUGUACCCUUCCCUGGCAGCCGAUGGCUCCGCCUUGUUCGAGAUGGUCCCUCGCUCGGCCGAGGCAGGUUAUCUGGUGAGUAAGGUGGUGGCGGUGGAUGCUGACUCAGGACACAAUGCCUGGCUCUCCUACCAUCUGCUCCAGGCCACGGAACCGACGCUCUUCGGCACGGGGCUGCACACCGGGGAGAUCCGGACAGUCCGCGCCUUUGCGGACAGAGAUGCUGUGAAGCACAGGCUGGUCACCCUGGUGAAGGACAACGGGCAGCCGCCUCUCUCCGCCACAGUGACACUCAACCUGGUGUUUGCCGAGAACUUUCAAGAGGCUCUUCCGGAAAUGAGCGACCAAUCGGGUGACUUGGCACCUCAGUCUGAUUUACAGUUUUACUUGGUGUUGGCUUUAGCCUCGAUCUUAUUUUUGUUCCUCCUGACAGUGACACUGGCCAUUGUGAUGAAAUUGCAAAGGUCAGGAAAAGCCACUGUUCUUCGAUGUUUGAAUUCUGACAUUUAUUCCAAGGACCAUCCCAGUUAUCCACCGAACUACUGCGAUGGGACUUUACCUUAUUCCUAUAAUCUCUGUUUAGCCACAACUACCAGUGAUAAUGGCCUUAAUUUCUUGAAAACCGAUGGUCAGAAUGAUACACCAGGGAAUAUUCUUUGCAGUAAUAACUCUGGAAUGUUGUAUCUGAGCAGCAACCAUAACGAACCAAACUCUCAAUCCGAAACUCUACCGAAGGUGAGCGAAUGA